AUAUGUACCGUGAACAAACACAUGGACGGUCACUGCAGAUGAUAUUUUUAUGAAAUGAUGGAGGCUGUGAUUAUGGAGAGGUUUAUAAGUGAAGGUAAAGGCAAUGGUUUGCGUGCUCUGCGUGAAAUUAAACCCGGUGAGGUGAUUUAUUCAUGCAAGCCGUUUGCGUUCUGCGUAGCAAGAGAUUUCCUGAAAACUGCCUGUCAAAGUUGCCUCAAGAGGGGUGAAAGUCUAUCGAGAUGUUCUCAGUGUAAGACGGCGCGCUACUGCAGCGUUCAGUGUCAGAAGCAAGCGUGGCCCGAUCAUAAGAGGGAAUGUAAAUGCCUGAAGCACCUCCAGCCGAGGAUCCCCACCGACUCUGUUCGCCUGGUCGCGAGGAUCAUUUUCAAACUGCUCAGCCAGUCUGAAAGUGACCAGGAGGAGCUGUACUCUAUUGCUGAACACCAGUCACAUCUCGCAGACAUGAGUGAGGAGAAGAAGGAAGGCCUGAAGCAUCUCUGCACGACGCUGCAGGUUUAUCUAGCAGAGGAAAACUGUGAUCUGUCCCGUCUGCCGUCCGGCCUCGACCCUGUCAGCCUCCUCGCCAGAGUGACCUGUAACUGUUUCAGCAUCAGUGAUGGAGAGCUACAGGACGUCGGGGUCGGACUUUAUCCCAGCAUGUCUCUGCUGAACCACGACUGCCAGCCCAACUGUAUCAUGAUGUUUGAGGGCAAGAGACUCACGCUGAGAGCUGUUCGGGUCAUCAGAUCUGCUGAAGAGUUGACUAUAAGCUACACUGAUAUCCUCGCUCCCAGUAAAGACAGACGUUCCCAGCACUGGGAUGAGCUGUUGAAGGAGAGCCAGGCCCUUCUGCACAGACAUUCAGAUGUCGUACCAGACAGGAACAUCUACAUGCUCCGACUGCUGGAUUUGGCCAUGGAUGCCUGCAUUAGUCUGGAUGACUAUGAAACUGCUCUGGAAUACGGCAACAGGGCUCUGGGUCCUUACAAGCUGUACUUCAGUGAUCCUCAUCCGUCCAGGGCUGUGGAGCUGCUGCGGGUCGGGAAACUCCAGCAUUUCCUGGGUCGACUGGAAGAGGCUCGUGGGAGCUUCACUCAGGCCUACAGUAUCAUGUCAGUGACCCAUGGGGCGGCACAUGCCCUGACUAAUCAAGUGCAGAGGAGACUGAGCGAGUGCCAGGCUGAGCUCAACACGCUCUAGAAAAAAAAAAAAAACACAUGGAAGUUGUCAGUUCCUCUAAAUGUAUUAGAUAUGUGUUUGAGAACAUUUUGUGAUUUUUGUUAUUAUAUUAUAGAAAGGUCUGAGCAUUUAUUCCCAAUUUCAAAUAAAAACACUGUCAUUUAUAGCUGAA